GUUUUUCAGGCGUGUCGAAAUGCUGGUCGCGCUUGCGUCCGUAUGUCUUCAUCGUGUUUCGUCGUUGUGGUAUAGUCACGGUUGGGAGAUAGCGAGCGUGCAACAGUAGAAUAGAACUUAUUGAGUAACGCGUUGUAGAAAGUGAGCGAAAGUGAUAGAGUGUCAUGAUAAAAUAGUACCGAGUGGACAGUCGAAUCUUGUAAUUGAAAGUUGGAUAAAAAGGUUCGUUCACGACAAAGGUGUUGGAAGAAGUGGAUCGUGAUUGGUGAAUCUUAGACGGCCAUAAUUGUGCGCCAUUCGGUCUCCAGUGCAGAUCCGCGCAGCGAAAGGGCAGAUGCCCUUACGCGGUUCGUGCUCCCAUUGGUGGGUACGCACUGAUCUAUCCGGAUCGACAUACUUGGCAAGAUCCGGUAGUGUUAUUCGCAGUGUAUAUUCAAAUUGGGUAAAUUCGCAAACUAUAAGGACGAGCGGUCAGCCACCACCUCCUCUCGGAGACGACAAGUCUUUUGGCCGUACGAGUCACCAGUUCGGUAGUGGUGAAUGGUGAGUGUGAUUUCUGUGGUCUAGCAGCAACAUUAGCAAUCGCAGCGCCGUCAACAACACGACGACAACGACAACGACGACAGUAGCGCCAUCAUCAGCGCGACCGCCAUCGCAGCAAGAAGAAACAGUAUUCCUUCGAGGAGAGAAAGAAGAAAUGCCUGUAGGUUCGCGAUCGGUGACGCGAGCAAAGAUGGAGGCCCCGUCCAGUUUGUAACACGGCAGCCAAGUCUCGUUUAAAGCGCACCAACGGAGCCACGGAGAGCGCUCCUCGAGUCGGCUGCCUAAAGUCGCGUUUUGCCCCGUGCUACUUUUCUUCGUGAGCCCCGCGAGGCUAGAGGAUGGAGCUACGCGUUGGAAAUAAGUACCGGCUCGGACGGAAAAUCGGGAGCGGCUCCUUCGGCGACAUUUAUCUAGGUACCAAUAUUUCCACCGGCGAGGAAGUCGCCAUCAAGCUAGAAUGUAUAAAAACGCGGCAUCCGCAGUUACACAUAGAAUCCAAGUUCUACAGAAUGAUGCAAGGUGGUGUUGGUAUACCAACUAUAAAAUGGUGUGGCUCAGAAGGUGACUACAAUGUAAUGGUAAUGGAGCUACUUGGUCCAUCACUGGAGGAUCUCUUUAAUUUUUGUUCAAGAAGUUUUUCUUUGAAAACGGUCUUGCUUCUCGCCGAUCAAUUGAUAUGUAGAACGGAUUACAUUCAUAGUCGCAAUUUUAUCCAUCGGGACAUCAAACCAGAUAAUUUUUUGAUGGGCUUGGGAAAGAAGGGAAAUCUCGUGUAUAUUAUAGAUUUCGGAUUGGCUAAAAAAUACCGCGAUGGCCGUACUCACAAACACAUACCCUAUCGAGAAAACAAGAAUUUAACAGGAACAGCCAGAUAUGCGAGUAUUAAUACACAUCUGGGAAUUGAACAAUCACGACGAGACGACCUUGAAUCCUUAGGGUAUGUUCUUAUGUACUUCAAUAGGGGUAGCUUGCCCUGGCAAGGUUUGAAAGCGGCGACUAAAAGACAAAAGUAUGAACGUAUUUCUGAAAAGAAAAUGUCUACGCCUGUCGAAGAAUUAUGCAAGGGUUAUCCUGUAGAGUUUGCGUCAUACCUAAGGUAUUGUCGAGGACUACGAUUUGAAGAAAGGCCUGACUACUCGUAUCUUCGACAACUCUUCCGGACGCUGUUCCACGGUCAGGGCUUCACAUACGAUUACGUCUUCGAUUGGAAUAUGCUGAAAUUUGGUAACGUGAGGCAACAAACAUUAUCUUCGACGCAACAAACACCUAUGCAGUCACAACACACGAACGUGGCGCUGCCUUCUGGGACCAAUAACGAUCAGGAACAUCGAUCUAGGCCCUAUACACGGCAGUGUUUGGCAAACAUAUCAGUGGGAACGGUGGGCCCGACUGUGGGUGGAACAACCACGAAUUUGAGAAGCAUGCGGCAAAAACGCGAGGCGAUAGACGCUCUUCGUGAUCAGGACAAUCAGGAGAGCGAUCUUCAAGCGUCGGGCGCAGGUGGCCAGGAACGAAGAGUCAGCAUGAGGUUGCACCGUAGGGACGCGGCUGCAGGAGAGAUGCAACCGAAGACCAAGAAGCGCCAAUGCAAUGGCCCCACCCAUCCUGUUGGGCAGGCUGGCAAGCGUUCAACACAAGUGAAUCAACAACAACGGCAAUAGCUGACUUCUCUUCAUCUUCAUCUUCGUCUUCGUCCUCGUCCUCGUCGUUAUCGUCCUCUUUCUCAGUGAUCUAGUCGACAGUAUCAUCGUCAUCGUGAACAACAACGUCAUCGGUAAUCACGAGUUUCGACCUUCCGAUACGACAGACACGACGGAUAGAGUUUCUCGAAAGUCGAAGGAAGACAUCGGUCGAAGAUGUCGUCUACUCUUUGUAUAUUCAAAAAUGGUAUUCCUAGACGAUCUACGAAACGUGUGCGAAUCUUCGUCGUAUCGAUGAACCAGUACGGUUCGUCGAUGAUCGUUGACGAUCUACGCGAACGUGUUCACUGGCGAGAAAGAGUUUCUCGAGGACGAGUCGCAGGAGUUUCGCGAUCGACGAUCUACGGUACAUCGUGUGUCUCCUAGGAUCGCAACAAUGGAAGAAAUCGAACGUUCUCUCGUGCAAACGAAGGAAGAUGCAAGUGUCCAGACGUGAAACGCAACUUUGCCAAAGCGGGCCAUCCAACGAGAAAUGGAAUCGUGUUUCGACUCGUAAUUGAAACGAGUCAGCGAGCUAGACUGCUCCUAAAUGUACGUGGACAUGUGUUUAUACAGCGACGAUUACACUGUGUUUAGCGAACGAACUCGAAACUACUCGUUAUAUCGAAACGAUCCUUCCACGAAGGAUUGCUGGUUUUUAGAAAUAGAGGGACGACAUAGCUCUGCGUUGUAUCGAUUAAGGACGCUUCGUGGGAGCGCGGUCCGUGAUUCUUAGGAUAGAUGGCGAGUGUACAGUACGCGACUUCGAUGAUGAUACUUGUAAUCUUCGUCUUAGCUGCAAUUGUCCGGCGAAUAUGAAAUUCUUCGUAAUCGACGAUCCUUAGAAUGUGAUUUUUCAAAAUCCAAUAGGAAACUAUGCGCGUGUCCGUGUUAAAAAGCCGUAAAAAAGGGAGAAUCUUCGUACUAUCUUUUCUGCUUAACAACAUUCCCUCGAUAUUGGGCUCGAGUUUUCAGCUUUCAGAUUCGCAGUGAUCGUUUCGACGAUCGAUCAAAGAGGAUUACGAGUAGAAUGCGGAUGUUUAUGUACAUUUACGUUCUUACGUACGCAGCCAAGAGGAUGGAACGUAGAUAGAGAUCUGUUUCGCUCUUUAUAUAUCACAAGCUCGUUAUACAGAUAUUUUAUGCUGAAUGUUUUCUAUAUUUUUACACAUUAAGUACACUCUGUACAUUUCUUUGCAUAAUUACAAUUGUCAGUAAAUCACAUUAAUAUCCGCAAUCUAACGGCGAGAACCGGCGGUCGAGCAUUAUUGUAUAAACGUGUAGAUUAUUCCCCUAUCCCAUUAACAUUAAAACACGAUUUGUACAUAGACAAAAUCGGCAUCGACGGCUGGACGACGGUUCUCGGGCGGCGAAAGUCACGCACUCGCGCAAUCAACCGGACAGACCCGCGAAAGUCAAGUCACACCGGUCGCACAAUCCAAUUUCCUUUGAGCCGAACUUGAGGAAACCAACUCGAAGUCAAGACCCGUUGCGCUAGGCGCGAUCUGUACCGGUGACACAGAACCUGUAUAUAGCGUGACUGUUUGCCGAAAUACAGAGAAAAAAGCGGAUGACUAAAGCGUGGCUGUAAGGUAAAUCCAAUAAGUCGGUUGUUUCAGUUAAGGGGGUGAUCGAGGAACGAUUAAGACGCGCCAAUAUAUAUCGAUCGAGCGUACUGUACAAUUCGUGUCGAUUCGUGUACGAAUUUCGAUCCUUUUUUUUUGUAUUUUUUUUUCUUUUUCCUACGCGUAAUUGUCGAAUCCAUCGGUUCGGACAGAGAAGACGACCGUAGAAACGAGCGAUCGAAGAUACACGAUUAAGCUUUUCGUUGACGAGUACCUCUCCUCUCCCUGUCCAGUCUCUCGCUCUUUUCCUUUUUGUACAAUUCUGCCGAUUUUCUGGUUGCGAGAGACGAAUGUGUUUUACGAGUUUGAUAUCGUUCGUACACCAACGAUUAACUAAGAAAGAGAGAAAGGUUCGCGUAAUAGUAGAGAACUGCCAAGAAUGGCGAAAGAUGGAUCAAAGAUUCUGUUGAUAACGAAACGAUAUCAAACUUAGUUGUGCAAGUCGUGUGUCCUGUAUGCGUGUUUCUUUUUUUGUGUUCGCGAUGGUGUGCAAUGUUGUUGCAUUUCGACCUACGUGUAUGCGUGUGCUCGAAUUGGAGAGACCCGGACAGAGGAGGGGAAAAAGGAUCAAUCUCGAACUUCCGUUGAGAGAAACGAUCGUUGGCAUAUGAGUAUAUUUCUCGUGGAUACGAUGGUUCUUGAAUCGUUCUUCUCGCAACGUGACAACGUCUGUGCUCCGUUUUGUAAUUGCAAAUGAUCCUGAAAGAUUGAUUUUUUUUAUGAAAAUCAAAACGGUCAGAGGUUGGAAACACGCAGCGAGAAGCAAACAGCUAGGUUCGAUGACCAUAAAUGGUACCAUGAGAAAUUCACCGGAAAUCGAGUUUCUCUUUAGCGCGAAUAAUUGCCUUGAUUGAUGAAAUUUCGUUGAACGUGCGACUUUAGCGAAUUAGAGUAAGAGGGAGAGAGGAUAAGGGACAAGCGCGAGAAAGUGUCCGAGAGAAAAACGCGAGAAUGCAGAAUCCUUAAUAACCGAUUGUUCUCGCGCGAGAAAUACAUUUUUUGUUUGGGAUAUAAAAAAUCGAAAGUCGUCGAGACCGUUUUAUUUACUGUGAGGUGUAUGACGGCUGAUUAAUCGAUUUGAUUCAAAUUUUGUACACGCAUACAUGUAUCAAUAUGUACAUGUAGAAUGCGUAUUAAGUAAGGAUAGGUACUAUCAUCUUUAUGUAUGUAUUGGAUAGCUUUUAUUUAUGACGCUAAUUUCGAAUUUGAAAUGUAGAAACUCCCUUAAAAUUACAGCGUUGAUUAUCCGCUUGAAAUUCGAUCAUCAUCGAAUCAUCAGAAUAUAGACUCGUUUCUUUUUUAUUACGUUAGAUUUCAUUAUAUCAUAUAUACAUAUCAUUACGUUCGUUCGUUAUAACUUCGAUUUUGUAAUAUAACUGUACAUUCGUCAGAUGCGAACACGACAAAGAUUAAUUUAAAUUUAACAAGCCGAAGAGAAAUAAUUGAUCGCAUCGCGAGGGCCUCAAAUCUAAAGAAUGGUAGUCUAGGGUGAAUCUAUUCUACCAAUUCUCAAUGAAAACUUGACUAUUUGUAUAGCGUAUAAGAAGAUAUUAAACUCUAGAUGAAAAUUAUAGAAGCAUACGUUAAUUGUUAACGAAAUUUGAAUCAAAUCAAAGAUCUAGCGGCCGUUUAUUCGUUUUUGUAGGUAAGCCGGUUUAGUCAACGGAAGUAAAGACCGAAGCGAAACUCCUUCCGUGAAAUCGCCCGUGUCUCCCCUUUUAUCCUUCCACUUUUCAACCUCACUUCACCAUUUUUACCCUUCCAUCAGCCUCUGUCACUUCCUGUUGCCGCCCUCCUCCUCCCUUGACCGACCUUGUCUUGUAUAAAGUAUCGUGGGCGCAUUACAUACAAAAAAGAUGAAAAACAAAAAAACGUGAUAUAAAAAGAAGGUUAUAUAUAAAUAUAUAUUAUACCGACACGUGUUUUUCUAUGUAUUUUUUUCAUAGGGUACUACUACUGCUAUUAUUAUUACUAUUACUAAUUAACUAUUAACUAAUUAAACUACUACCAACUAGUACUACCAUUACUACCGCUGCUGCUAUCGCUAAUUACACUUACACUUACACACACACACACACACACACAAAAUUUACUAUGUUGUAACUUGUAUAAAAAGGACGACUUAUUCUGCAACGAUCCUCUCGAGACGGGAACGAAAUGAAAUUGCAAAGGCAUCUUCAUUCGACGAUUCAAAAUGGAAACGACGAAUCCAUCGCACGGAUCUCUGCGUAUCGCGAUCUUUUCUUUACCGUUUCCUUUCGUUCCUUUCGAUCUCGCGCAUCCUCCGCGCUCGUGUUCCGCCUGGUUAAAUUGUAGUAUAAGAAGAAGGACGAGAAUAUUUUUGUUUGUUUGUUUAUUAAACAUUUCAGCCAAGUUUGUUCAGCUACGAUCCGUUUAUCUAUUAGCGGGGUAAAAAGGGAGGUAAAAUAGCUUUAUGCAACGCUAAAUCAUACUAUGAUUGCGUUUUACCUUUUGUUACGUUUUACGAUUAUUACUCGUGUGAUGGGUAUAAUCUUGUUACUAACUUAGUUCUAUAUCGGAAUUUAUCUUUAUUUGGUUUGUAAAAUUCUCGACUGUUACACAAUUAUCUAGAUGUUUAAUCGUAGUUAUCGUUUUACACGCGCGCAGAGGAUAAACCAUUAUUAUUUUGCGUGAUGGAAGCGAUAGAAGGCGUUGAAGCUUGAACAGGCUUUAAUCGAAUUACGUUUCCAUCGAUAUUAUUACGAACCUGAUUAAUAAUCACUAACGGGAAAUAUCGUAUGACGACACUGUUCUAAAGCAUUGUUAAUUUUAGGAAGUGGUAUUUGUUGUGUCGUCAUCGUGUAUUUGUUGUAUCGUUAUCUUUACGAUUGUUGUUCGAUAUUGACGCUUCGAUGUCUUCAAUCGUCGUCUUGCUUAAUCUUUUUUCUUUUUUUUUUCUUUUUUCUUCUUUUUAAUUAACACGCGUAAUCUUUCUGUUUCUCAGAAAAUGUUUUUAAUUCGAUCGUAUCCAUGUUGCGUUAGUUGGUAUUAGGUGGCCGAUGACCUUGAAUUCGGAAUAUGAUUAAAAAUAGAUUGUAAAUUGUGCAAUCAUCAAGCGUUAAAAUUCACGAACGAGAAAAUAUUGAGUUAAAGCGUCGAAACUAGAGGUAAUUUUGUGAUCGUUAGGCUUAGAUGAUUUCCGAUGAUGGCCAUCGAAUCGAGGAUCGUUUCGGAAUUUUAAUGCAGAAGGAACAAACACUGCCAGCGCGAGCGGAAAUUCUUGAGUUCUAUCUCAUGACUAAACGAUACGCACGGAAUUAAUCUUGUCACGAUUCGUCGUUUCCUCCUUGACCAUUGCGUGGUCGCGAUAUUAACGCGAAGUCUUUGCAAAGAAAUAAACAGAAAAGAAGAAACAGAAACGAGUGGAGAAGCGCCAGCGCCCGGUAUUUCCUUCCCCCCCUCCCCCCUCUCUUUAUUGUACAAUGAAUUACCUUUACGCCGCACGAAAUGCAGUUUAAACGUUGUUUUUUCAGUUCUCUGUGUAUCCGAAUUGAACAGAAAGUUCCAGCACGAUUUUUAAUUUCAAUUUACUCGAAAUGAAAAGAAUCUGAAGAUAGUCGUUGGUGCAAAUUGAGCCGAUUAAAAGCGACGUGCUGGCUAAUAAAUUCGUUGAUGCUUUGAAUCGAAGUGAAAUGAGAAAGAAAAAGCGUAGAAUAGAAAGGAAAUGAUAAAGAGAAAAGAUCGUGCGCGUUUGAUUUCGCUCGGCCUAGCGGAGUUUCUUCUUUUUCUUCUUCUUUGCCUUCUUCUCCUUCUUUUCCUUCCUCUUCUACUUCUUCUCCUCCUCCUUCUUCUUCUUCUUCUCGAGCGUAAGGAGUCUAGUGGAUUCACACGAGACUCCUUAAAAUGGAGAAGAACCGCGGAAAGAAAAAGAAAGGAAGGGAAAGAGAGGAAAAGAAAAGCAAGAGCAAACUAAAGAACAUGUGUAGACUGGUCUGCGGCACGAGUAGGGAAGCGUCUACGAAGACCUUCAUCGACGAGGCGUCACGACGAUCACGGCAUUGAGGUAUAAUUCGCGAUCAAUCGUAUUUUAAAUAUACUAAUCGAAAUUGUAUGGAUUGCGAAUGGUUUGUAUAUGUACAUAUAUACAAUUAUCAUGAUCUAUUCAAGGGAAAAUAACUAUAAAUCGUGAACGAUGUAUGUAUGCGUGUAUAGUAUAUGUUUGCGAAUGAUCGGUGAAGUUCUCUUCGUGUAUGGAUUGCGAGAAACUUAUUCGAACUGUACUACAUAGUGCGUGCAACAAGUAUGCGUGGACGAUAUAAGAAAGAAAGAGUGGGAGAAAACAAUUAGGUGAAAUGUCCGAAGAAACAAAGCAACACCGACAAAGAGUAUUAUAAAACUGCCUUUGUGUACUAUAUGUGCAAGGAGAAACAAAGUGAAGCGUUUCUAGCCGUCAAGAGUUGAGCUGCUUUAGCCUUGCUUUCCUUCUUCUUCUUAUUCUGUUUCACCAUCUUAUCAUUGUGUUUACUUGCGUGUUGCAACUCUUGUUUCUGCAAAAGAAAAAGAGGCGUAAGAGCAGGAUUACGGAUCGGUAGAAUAGAAAGAACGUGUGCUUGAGAAAAGUCGAGAGAAAGAAAUAGUUUUACGCAUAAUUCGUUUGUGUGUAUAUGCGUGACUUUUGCGUGUGCCGAGAGGAACCGCGGAGGGAAACACGAUAUUCGUGGCUUUCGUUGCAUUCUAGUACGAGUCUUUUCGUUUUUCUUCAUCGCAUACAACAACAACAACAACAACAACAAAGACUCUUGCCAUCUUUGAGACUCGGCCUUUGCUUGCAUUCACGUUUUCUUUCUUUGUAGGUUGAUGAAAAGCACGAGCGGCUAACUGAUCGACUAAACGUCUAGGCUAUCCACACGGAUUUAGUCGUCGAGUUUAAUCCGUUGACGAGAGUUUGAGGGGAAAAACGCUUAGCCGGAACGGCGAGCGUAAACGAGAGUCAAAGUGUCUCAUUCAAUUACAUUUCUAAGGAUCUUCUCCAUUUUCUCCUUGGAAUCGAGUUCUCACUGUAGAAAAAAAGCCGAAUAUAACACCGACGCUUUCGCCACACGUUUCUUUCUUAGUUUCUCGUCGUGUGUUUGUAUAUUGUGCGUGUACAAUCUUCGAGGAUGGCAAGAGCGUACGGGUCGGAAGAAAGGAAAAAAGAAGGAAAAUGGAAAUCAGAGAAGAUUUAGACCUGCGCUUUGAGUAUCGAUUGAUCGAUCGAAUCUGGCGUUUGAAUAUAAUGCAGAAGAAAAGCAGGAAUAAUUUAUCGGCGCGAUAUUAUUAUUGUAUAAGUGCGACGAGAAAGGAAAAGAAAAACGUAUAAAUUUGCGGAUAUUUAAUCUAUUGCUCGCGGCUAGAACCUUGACCCACUAGAGCGUUUUAGUCUUCGUUCUUUUCCCUGAAAAUUGCGAUCAUUAUACUCGGGAAAGCGUCGAUUUUCUUGGUACUAUCGGUUACUUCCUGCUUCCGUUGGAACGAACAGAGACUAGACGUUUUGAUGGGUCGAUCGGGAAUUAAGGAAAUUAUGCUUGCAUUACUCGACAUUCUUGAUGUGAGUCCGUUAACUCCUAAACUGAAGUGCAAUUGUAAAAAAAAA